AAUUUGGAAACGUCACAUCCGUAAAAUUAGAAAUAUUGGUCAGAGGACAGUAACAGUGACAGUUUGUGUUCAGUGAUAUCUCUAAAAUUAUUUUAACAAUGAAACCAUAAACGCAUGUUUGGGAUUUUGAAGAGAUGAGUGAUACAACUACAUCCCCUCCUUCCACCUCAGCUACAUUUAGUAGCACCACCAGUAACGAGUCGGUCCUCAGUACGACGGUACCCCUCCUGCCCUCCACCACAAACAGCUCCAGUGAUGUACAGAACGGCACACAGCCCCACAUACCCCUCAUCUUCCUACAAACUGCUGCAGCUCAGGGCAUCGGUGGAGCUUUCGCAUUCCUUGCACUCCUUAUUACAGUUCAUCAGAUCUAUCUCCACCUCCGGUACUACACCUGCCCCAAUGAGCAGCGCUGGAUUGUGCGGAUUCUCUUCAUCGUCCCGAUCUACUCCUUUGAUUCCUUCCUCAGUCUCAUGUUCUUCAACAAUGACAACUACUACGUGUACUUUGACAGCGUUAGGGAUUGCUACGAGGCAUUUGUGAUCUACAGUUUUCUGAGUCUGUGCUAUGAGUAUCUGGGAGGAGAGAGUUCCAUUAUGUCAGAAAUCAGAGGAAAACCAAUCAAGUCCAGUUGGAUCUGGUGUACCUGUUGUUUAGCUGGACGACAAUACACCAUUGGAUUUCUCCGAUUCUGUAAACAGGCCACUCUACAGUUCUGUAUUGUUAAACCAGUUAUGGCUGUGAUCACCCUGAUCUUACAAGCUUUUGGUCUCUAUAAGGAUGGGAACUUCUCCCCCUCCUCUGGGUUCCUGUACAUCACCCUUAUCUACAAUACAUCAGUCAGCCUCGCCCUGUACGCUCUGUUCCUGUUUUAUUUCGCCACAAGAGAACUUCUGAGUCCUUACGAUCCUGUCUGGAAGUUUCUCACCGUCAAAUCUGUCAUUUUCCUGUCAUUCUGGCAAGGUAUUGUGCUGGCAAUCCUUGAGAAGGCAGGUGCUAUAAGUCCUAUUUUCUCUGAUAAUGGAACCAAGAGCGUUGGACUAGGUACUGUCUCAGCUGGGUACCAGAACUUCUUUAUUUGUAUAGAAAUGUUCUUUGCUGCUCUGGCACUUCGCCUGGCUUUCCCUCAUUCGAUCUACAGCUCGGGGCCUGCCAAUACAACAGGAAGGACAGUGUCUCUCCAGAGUAUAUCCAGCAGCCUCAAAGAAACCAUGAACCCCAGGGACAUCAUGCAGGAUGCAAUUCAUAACUUCCACCCAAAUUAUCAACAAUACACACAGCAAGGAAGUAAGAUCCCUCACGAGGAGGAACAGGCAGACGGCUGGCCGUAUGAACAGUACCAAAAUCGUCCAACGCGUAACGGUAACGUCACGCGGGACGUGCUGUCAAGGCCACUGCCUCAUCAACAACCAGAAACUGCCCAAGGUCAGCAACCACAGCGCCCUCAUGUGGGCUCAACCACAAGGAAAUUUAAUGAGAAGACAACUCUUCUGAGUUCUGAUGAUGAAUUUCAGUGAACUGUGAAAUGACGGGUAGCAUUAUACAAUCUCUGUGUGAUCAGUAUGAAUAUUAAAACAGAGCAUUGAUUUACAUCACUGCAGUCAGACAAAGGAACUAGAAUUUCUUAUGUGUGGAACAAACUUCCUCCAAAGAUCUAACAGAAUUACAUCAACUUUCUAUAAAAGAGUAGAGUUAUUCUUCAACCUAAUUAUGUUGUGAAGCACUGCAGCUCUAGCUAUCACUAACCAUUUAUCUUUAACAGCCUUUACUGUCUUAUUUCUGUAAUUAUGUGCAAUGAUGACUACAAUCUAUUCUGUCAAGAAGUUGAUAUGUUUGAUACCCACCGAGAUAGGUCAGUGUACAGUAUGUAAUCUGUAGUAGCAUUAGAGUUGGUAGUUCUAAGGUUUGUGAUUGUACCUGUGUUCUGUACAAAUGUUUACAAUAUCAAGAAUCUAUAAUUUGA